AUGAAGAGUUCGGAUGCGAUUUUUCUUCUUAUUAUCUCAUUUGUCUCCAGUUUCAAUCUCGAUGAAGUCGUCACAAAUCUUGGUGUUCCACAACUCUUUGAAGAGGCAAUGUUGAAUCGAGAUCCCGAGUGCGGUCUUCCUUUCUACACGAAUUCCCUUCCAUUGCUAUAUCGACGAAAUCUUCGUAAAAUCUGGGCCAAUUUUCCAUUGGGAUCAAAAUCGUGCAGUGUUGAACUUCGCCAAACACAGUCCAUUCUUGACUCUUUACCCAGCGAUCUUCGACAAAAAGCUUUGCGGAGUAAGAGCUGGUCUCCAGCGACAGCCACACUUCUUCCCGGCACUCCAUUUCUCGCGUCGCUCUCAAAUUCCCAACAAAAAGAACUCAGCAAGAUAGCAUCUGAUGGAUCGUUGAGUGAAACAGAGAGAGUUGUCAUGUUAAAGGCAUGGGCGGUGGAACAUCUUGAACCAAAUGCACAAGCAAGAUUUGAACAAACAUUGAGAUUCCUUUCCGCUAAAGCCAAUCGUUUUCAAGAAAAGGUAGCUGCGAUGUCAGCCGAAGCACGAAUGGCCCUAAAUCGCCUCGAUGAUCUGCGACGACAAAAAAUAUCGAUUCUCAAUCGACUCUCAUUUACUGCAAAACGUGAAUUAGCAAUUUUGUGGAAACCGAAAUGUAAUUCAUCGGAAGGAGUCGAUCCUGACGUUUUUCUGAUCGCUUGUUCAAAUAAGGGCACAAUGGCUGUUACCGAAAAACCGACAACCCCUUUGAUCAGCGAGCAUUCAACGUUGAUGCCCAGUUCACCAAUGAAUAACAUUUCUUCAACGUCAACGAUACCAACAACAUACGAAAAUAAAGUCACAAUCAAAAUCGGUACUGAAAAGGAGCCGAUUGAGAAAGAAGAAACGAGCACAAGGAAAGUGAGUACAAUUGGAGGGGAAACUGGAGAGGAAACUGAUGAGACAACGCAAAUGGUUUCACCCGAAAUUGAGAUUUUCCGCCGUCAUCGUCCAGAUCAAAUCUCAUCUCUUUACAAUAUUGUCUCAAAAGAAGCGGCGAUUGAUGAAAGACGUGUGAGU